AUGACCCCUGCAUCAUCUUCUGACGAUAUUACGGACAAUGGUGGUGAAGUUGUCUCUGAGACUACAUCAUUAAAUGCGGAAAGUAACCAAGGAAUCAAUGGAACUGCGAGUCGUUAUGUUCCACCACAUCUGCGGAAUCGAGCUGAUGGGACAAAUACGUUGGCCUCCGCCGAGAUCCUCAAACUCAAGCGCCAGCUCAAGGGAUUGCUUAAUCGUGUGAGCGAACAAAAUAUGGAGACGGUUCUGGAUGAGAUUCUCGGCCUAUAUCGUAACAAUAGGCGUAAUGAUGUAACAACUACGAUCGCGGGUCUCAUUAUUGAAAGCAUAUCAUCGCACUCACAACUUCUUGAUUCUUUCGUCAUUUUACAUGCUACUCUCGUUGCGAGCCUACACAAACUUAUUGGUGUUGACUUUGCCGCUCACCUCGUUCAGGAGACAAUUACUCGUUUCGAGGACAAGUACACACUAGCCGCUUCAACGACCACCAAUAAUCUGGAGGAAGCCCCUGACGCAAGCAAAAACCUGGAUGCCCAUGCUGCGUCACUUUACUCAAAAGAGUCGACCAACCUCAUCGUACUGAUAUCGGAACUGUACAACUUUCAAGUGAUAUCCUGCACCAUAGUCUACGACAUCAUCCGUAUGCUCCUGGAAAGCGAGAAGCUCACUGAAGUCAGUGUGGAGCUCGUGCUCAAAAUGGCGAGAAAUUCCGGGGCCCAACUUCGGACUGAUGACCCCCUGGCUCUCAAAGACAUUACAGAAAUGGUACUCAAGAAAGUUGGAGACGGGCCAGAUGGGCUUCGCCAGCUUGGGCAAGUAAUUCACUCCAACUUCAGUCGCCUCAAAACCGGGAAGGGAAAACAAUCUCAUGUUCAAGCAAAUGUUCCCGGAGGUGAUUCCAUUCAGAGGCUACGGAAGUUCCUAUCUGGGCUUGCAAAGAGAAGACAUGUGGUCGCGCAUGAGCCAUUGAAUAUUUCACUGGCUGACCUUCACUCAUCUCACAAAAAGGGGAAGUGGUGGCUUGUAGGGGCUGCCUGGGCAGGCGAUCCCCUCGUCGAAGCUCAAGAGCGACACAGAGAGCAACACGCAGCCAAGACAACGUCUGUAGAAGCGAGUGAGGCGUCCGUCCUCCUCAAAGUGGCAAGGAAGCAGGGCAUGAACACCGAUAUACGACGCAGCAUAUUUGUGGUGCUCAUGAGCAGUGAAGACUACAUUGAUGCGUGUGACCGCAUUGGACAGUUGCCUCUCAAAGAUUCGCACCAGAGUGAGAUUAUUCGGGUCCUCCUACAGUGCCUCGGGAAUGAAAAAUCUUACAACCCCUACUAUACAAUGGUCGGUCAACAGCUGGCAUCGACUGCUCAUUCAUCGCAACGUUUUUCUAUCACAUUGCAAUUCUGUCUCUGGGACUUUCUUAGAAGCAUAGGCGAAGAGGAGGUUGGUGGAGCAGCUGUCCUCCAGAACUCCCGAGAGAGUGACAGUGGAGAGUCCAAAGCCGCUUCAUUGACUAAAAUCCAAAACAUUGCGUCCGCUUAUGCAUGGUGGACUUGUCGGGGAGUGGCGGAGCUGUCAAUGUUGAAAGCUGUGAAUUUCGUAAAGUUAAAGCCCCAAGGACAAGAGUUCUUCAAGACAUUUUUCAUACAAAUCUUCGUGGGGGCACAGGCCCGUGCCCCAGCAGCAUCAUACCUCUCCUCCACAUCCCCUCACAUCCCUGAUACCAACAAUAACUCAAUCAUCCUCAAAAACUUAUUUUUUGACAUUGCUGAAAAGAAUGCCUCUCUUGCUCGUGGACUUCAUUAUUAUCUUCGGCAGAAUCAUUUGGAGCGAGAAGUCAAGACUGCUGACUUCAAACGGUUGUUAGAGUGGUCGGUGGAUGUUGCGAAGCAGUGCUUGAAGGAUGGUUUGGAGACGUCCGCAUCAUGA